AGCCGGUGCAGGAGCAUCAGAGGUGGGCAUGGCGAGGAGGAGGGGUCGCUGCUCUCCUGUCCGGACUCGGAGCAGAACACAGAGGUGCAGAAGCGCAGCAGAGAGGACUCGCGAGUGAGAGUGAGAGAAGCAACUGAUAUUCAAGGACUUGAAACUGCACAGGGUGUCACACCAUGCACCCUGAUAUCCAUCUCUCCCUCCUCGUAACUCUGCUGCUUCUUCUUCAAGCUCAGCGGGGCGCCACAGUGCAGGAGAUCCAAACCAGCCAUGAGAACAUCUUAAAAAUCAAGUCUGCAGGAGAAAUGAUGCAGUGCUCAGCAGCUAUGGAUAUGGUCUUUGUCAUGGAUGGUUCCUACAGCGUGGGGAAGGGCAGUUUUGAGAGGUCCAAACACUAUGCCAUCAAACUCAGUCAAGCACUUGACAUUGGACCAGACAAGGUGCGAGUGGGUGUGAUUCAGUUUGGCUCCAGUCCUCGGUUGGAGUUUGCUCUCGACACGUACACGACAAGGCAAGAGCUGAAGAAGCACAUGAAGAAGAUUUCUUACAGAGGAGGCAGCACCCAGACGGGCCUCGCUCUCAAGUACAUCCUGAGGAAGGGUUUCCCCGGUGGCCGUAACUCUUCCUCUUCUGUGGCCCGCAUCGUCAUCCUGUUAUCAGAUGGGAUGUCUCAGGGAAACACAGCACAGACGGCUGCACAGCUCAAAGAAACAGGGGUGGUCUUGUUUGCCGUUGGCGUGCGAUAUCCCAGGUGGGAGGAGCUUCACACCCUGGCCAGCGAGCCAAUGGAGAGCCACGUGUUCUUUGCCGAGCAUUUCUACGAUGCUGUCAAUGGCCUGUACACGACACUGACCACCUUCUCUGUCUGCAAUGCCACACCAGCAGGCUGUCAGGUGGAGUCGUUUCCCUGUGAAAGGAAGACACUGGAGACGGUGAAGCAGCUGCAGGGGAAUUUCAUGUGUUGGAAAGGCAACAAAGGUUAUUCUCCAUACACGUCUCUCUGUCCAUAUUACAGGUAUAACAAGGCUUACAGGAGACACCAGACAGUCUGCCAUCGAACCAUCUGUCCAGAUCCCUGUGACUCUGAGCCCUGCAUGAACGGUGGAACAUGUGUAUCAGAGGGUCCAGAGGGCUACCACUGUGUGUGUCCACCUGGCUAUGGAGGAGACCCACACUGUGCUCCUGCGUUAUCCCUGGACUGCUCCGUGGACUUGCUCUUCCUGCUGGAGGGCUCUGCCUCUCUGACCUUGGAGGGCUUCCUCCGCCUCAAAUCCUUCUUAAAGCGCGUCCUGCAGACAGUGAUUGGCUCUGACAGCCCCAGUAAAGUGGGCCUGGCGGUGUUUGGUGGGGAGGUUCAGGUAGAAGCCCAGGUGGGUAAGUUCAAAGGAAACCUGAAGGGUCUGCUCAAGGCAGUGGAGGCGCUUCAGUCAGUCGGCGGCGAAACCAAGACAGGGCAGGCUCUGCGUUAUGUCACGCGCCACGGCUUCAUGAGUGCACCGGUCUUUGCCGAUGUCGCGGAUGACCUUCCGCGCGUGGUGGUGCUGCUCACUGCCACCCCUGCUGUCGACGAGGUGGUACAGCCUUCCAAAUACGCCAGAGACAGAGAGAUCUUUCUUAUCGCGGUGGGACCAGACAACUUAAGGGGACAGCUGAAUAAUAUCACAGGAAAUCCCCAGAGAACCCUCACCUACGCGUCACCUGACAAGCUGAGUGCCAAGAUCCCUGAGCUCAAGGCCAAGAUCUGCAGUGUGGACACACAAGGUUGUCUGGGCCAAGCAGUGGACCUGGUGUUCGCUGUGGACGCCUCUGGUGGAGUGAGCAGCGACAACUUCUCCAUCCUGCUGGACUUUGUGCGCAGCCUCACCGUGCAGUUUGACAUCAACCGCGACGUGGCCCAGGUGGCACUCGUGACGUACGGACGGAAACCCGCCACCGUCUUCCACCUGGACACCCACGAGACGGGUUCCGCCAUCCUCAAGGCAGUGGACGAAGCCAACUACAUGGGUGGAAAGGCUUCAACCGGCACAGCUUUGCUCCACAUCCACUCCAGCGUCCUGACCAUAGCCAAAGGUGCGCGGCACGGAGUCAACAAGGCCGUGGUGGUGCUGACUGACGGUUCAGGUGGAGGCGAUGCCGUGGUGCCGGCACAAAAGCUCAGGGACAACGGCGUUUCACUGUUUGUGGUCGGUACUGGAGACAUCCAGAGGGAGAGGCUGCUGCAGAUUGCCGGUUCAGAAGAGCACCUGAUCACUGCGUCAUCUUAUGAGGAUCUCAAGUACUUUGAGGACGUUCUGGUACAGAUGCUGUGUUCAGAGAUAAAGAAGCCAGUAAACCUGUGCAACCCGAACCCCUGUAUGAACGAAGGGGUCUGCGUCCUCUCAGGGGGGAGCUUCCGCUGUCAGUGCCAAGGCUACGAAGGACCUCACUGUGAAACAAGAAGCAGGAGACCUUCAUCCAGGGGAGAUGUUCCGAGGCCCGCUGGUCUCAGGAGGAAGAGCAGGCAGAAGAAAAGCCACCAGGAGCUGCUGCACCACUACAAACUGAACCGCCGGAGAAACGCUGCCUGACACACUGGCUACACUGGUUUAAAGGGAAAAUUAAUGUAACUGUUUCAGUAUUUAAAUUUGAACACGUGCCUUCACACUGUAUGUAUCUCUGCUGUUGUCUCAACACGGGUGUCUUGUACUCAGAGAUGUCAACUUUUAUAUUAUAUUAUAUAUUGUA